AUGGAGAGAGACGAGAAGACGCUUCUGGAGGCGUGUGACUCCGAUGAUGGAGAUCCAGACGUCGAAUUUGAAGCUUGGAAAUUCCGAGAGCUGCAGCGUCUGAAGCGAGACCGAGAAGCUCGUGAAGCAGAAGAAGCAGAGCAAGCUGAACGAGAUAGACGCAGAGCAAUGACGGAGGAAGAGCGAAUCCGGGACAACGAACUCAACCCGAAAAUUAUUACCAAUGCUCAAAAUAAGGGCAAGAUGAAGUUCUUGAUGAAAUACUAUCAUCGUGGUGCCUUCUACAUGGACAAAGAGGAGGAUAUACUGAAGCGAGAUAUCAUGCAACCUACGCUCGAAGAUCACCAAGACAAAGAAGCUCUUCCAGAUGUCAUGAAAGUCAAGAAUUUCGGAAGGUCUGGCCGUACAAAAUGGACUCAUCUUACUGCCGAAGAUACCACAGCCUUCGAUGGUACUGCCGGUGGAGCCUGGGCGGCCAAAGACAACACGACUCAUCUUAAAUAUGGAGCGGGUUUUAAACAGACUUUUGAGCGGCCGUCAAAGAGAAAGAAACUCUCUUAG